UACAAGGCACUAAUGUGCAAUGUUAGGAAAGGAAAAUCCAAGGUCAUCGUGCCUAAUAGUACAAUGCCAAAAUGGAAGGAAGCAUGGAGUAGCCCAAAGUUCCAAGCUAAGAGCCAUCAGUUCACUGCUAACCGCUGUAGUGAGAUAAGGGGAGUUGGGGCAGGCAUUUCUGAACACACAGGGGGUUCAGUUUCACAUGCUACUCAUAUAUAUAGAAUGCUUGGGCGAAGACCUUUUCCUUGUGAACUUUUCCAUAAGACCGCACCUCAGAUAUGGUUGAUGCACAAGCCCAAGCAAUUAAGGAUACAUUUUUGGUGCUUAAGGAGCAGUCGAUGGCAUUGGAUCCCAAGCAUCAAUUUUCUACCCUAGCUCAUCGCAUGGAUCAUCUUCUACUG